AUAAGGAGUCACUUUGUUGAACAGGCGCAAAAUCAAUCCGUUUUUGUGUACCUCAUACUCAAAGAGAGAGAGAGUGGAGACGUUGCGGUUAAAUAAGUAGAUAAAAUUGUCUAGGUUUGAUGAGAUUAACUUGACUUAAACAAAGCGCGAGCCUUCGGUUACGCGUGUCAUCCCGUGUCGCGGGACAUGCUAAAGAAAUCCGCCACUACUUCGUGAACUGAGCUCGGACUGCUAGCCGGCUAACGCUCGCUAGCUCACCUUCUCACCAACAAUGUCCAGUCUUCCACAAAAUAACUUGAAGGAGCAGCUGGCGAGGCACAGCAAUGCUGCUCAAAGCAAGCUUUCUUUGGCUAAACCCAAACCGGGGGCCUUUUCUUUCAAAAAGAAGUCCUCAUUGGGUACAACAAAGGUGGAGGUCCCUACCAAGGUAAUGAGCUCAAAUAUUUUGGCAAACAGGAAUGGCAGUGUCCCUAAGAACAGUUUGGUGACUAACUCUCCUUUGACAUUUUCAAACAAGCUUGAGAGACCUCAAAAGUCCAAAUUCAACAACUUCUUCCCUGUAAGUUCGAAAGGCAAGUCAGACUCCAUCAGCCCAGCAGGUAACUGUGCCCCUGCAGGCAAGACUCCCUCAGCACGGUCUGGUAUUAAGGUGACUACAGCUCCACCUAUACAUGACAGCCAGUUUACUAGUGUAGGUAGCACCUCCGUGAGUCUGGAUGCAUCUCUUGGAUUCCCGAUGGACGACUGGGAUGAUUUUGACGACUUUGAAACUACUGCCAAAACAAAAAAUGACUCAUUCAGUUCAGAGAAAUCGGGGAACAGCACCAAGUCAGUGUCAUCUUCUAGGGAAGAAAAAACAGAAUUCACAGGGAAAUUAAACUUUGAUGCCCCAGACUUAAGCAACUGUUUUUCAAACAAGAAUCGUGAAUGUAUGAAAACAGAUGAACUGGAGCACAGUGUCAACAAAGCUGCGGUUUCACCAGGACCUAGUUUUAAUCAGGACCCAGCAGAGUUUUUACUGGAGGAUUCCCCCAUUAAAAUGCCCAGAAGACGUCCUCUUGCUCAUCUGAAGUCUGUCAUGAGUGACAGUGAAGAUGACAACGAUGUUGUGUGUGAGCCUAUUGAAGAAAGGACAGAUGAUAAGAAAAAGUUUAUUGACCCAAAGGUAAUAGAGCUCGAUGACAACUCAGAGCCUGAGGAUGGCUUAGACUACAUUCCUCCUUCACCGAUCCCAGAUGUGAUCUGUUAUACUACUUCUACAUCGGAAACAAGAUCUAAAUCAGCUGAUUUUGAAAGCAGAGACAGUCAAGGGUAUUCAAAGGCACCCAUCACAACUCUGCAUGAACCUGCAAAUCACCACUCCGAAGACAAAACAAAUGAGCAGCUUUUCCGUAUCAUGGAGUCCAUUUGUUCUCUGGUUGAUUCCAUCCCUGAACACGAACUGAUAGCUCUGGCUUGUGGAAAUGAGCUUUUACUAAAAAGGGCUCAAAGGAAGAGGAUUCUUGCAACUGGUGGUGAUGUUAUGUUCAGGAUGCAGCAGCCAGACAGCACUGUGAUUUCUGAACCCAGCUUAAAAGAAAAAUCCUCUUUUAGAUGUGAUACGUCAAGUGUCAAGUCUUCCAGCACCUCUGUACCUGUGGACUCCAAGAAACGUCUUCAGAUCAGGAGAUCUUCAGUAAUCUCUGUGGACUAUGACUCUGACCCUUCUGACAGUGUUAAUGUGAAACCCCUGCACAGUAAAGACGGCGAGAAAUUAUUUGUGGAAAAUGAGAGUGUCUGUGACUCUCCAUCAACCCACAGUCUCACAAAACCGUCUUUUAAUUUCUGUAAGAAAACAAGCACAGACCUGGACGGCUCCAAUCUCUUUCUCUCACCCAAGAAGCCAGAGACUAUUGUGCGGAACAAAUCGAAUACCCCAGCAACAAUCACACCUAAAGAAGACAUUGAACAAGAUGAUUUUUACAUUGACGACUUUGACAUAGAUGACCUCAAUGACUCGGAUAUCCCUGAGUACUUUGAUGAACACCAAACUUCGUCAAUGUCUGGACAAAACUCCAGCACUGUGAUUACAACAGUGAAAGAGGGGGGACCAAGCAAGUCUUCUUGGGAGAAGAAACCAACAACGCCUGCAACUGCGCCCAAGCCUUCAAAGAUCUGCUCCCCUGAGCCCACCUUCAGAAACCCAGCCCAUGAUCGAUUCAGAGGGUUUGACUUCCCCCACGCACAGGAGAUGAUGAAGAUCUUUCACAAGCGUUUUGGUCUUCAUCAAUUCAGGUUGAAUCAACUAGAAGCAAUUAAUGCUGCACUUCUGGGAGAAGACACGUUUGUUUUGAUGCCCACAGGUGGGGGCAAAAGUUUGUGCUACCAGCUGCCAGCCUGCGUGUCAUCAGGCGUCACUGUGGUCAUCUCCCCACUGAAAUCGCUCAUUGUAGACCAGGUCCAGAAACUCACUACACUGGAUAUUCCAGCAACAAGUCUGUCUGGUGAUAAAAGUGACAGUGAAGUCGGGAGAAUUUAUAUGCAGCUGUCAAGGAAAGAUCCCAUCAUUAAACUGCUUUAUGUCACUCCUGAAAAGGUUAGUGCAAGUAACAAGCUGAUCUCCGCCCUGCAGAACCUGUACGAGCGAGGCCUUUUGGCCCGGUUUGUCAUAGAUGAGGCUCACUGUGUCAGUCAGUGGGGACACGAUUUCCGCCCGGACUACAAGAGGUUGCAUGAACUGCGUCAGAAGUUCCCUAAUGUGCCGAUGAUGGCGCUGACAGCCACUGCCACCCCCCGUGUCCAGAAAGAUAUCCUCAACCAGCUGAAUAUGACUCGGCCACAGGUGUUUACCAUGAGUUUCAACCGAACCAAUCUGAAGUACGCUGUGCUGCCCAAGAAACCCAAAAAGGUUGAUGAGGACUGCACCAGCUGGAUCAAGAAGCACUACCCACGUGACUCUGGCAUCGUGUACUGCCUGUCCCGUAACGACUGCGAUGCCAUGGCUGAGAGUCUUCAGAGAGCGGGGUUAUUAGCUCUGUCGUAUCACGCAGGCCUGAGUGACGGCGACAGAGAAUAUGUGCAGAGCAAGUGGAUCAAUCAGGACGGCUGCCAGGUCAUCUGUGCCACCAUAGCCUUUGGCAUGGGCAUUGACAAGCCUGAUGUGCGCUAUGUGAUCCAUGCCAGUCUGCCUAAAUCGAUGGAGGGUUACUACCAGGAGUCAGGAAGAGCCGGCAGAGAUGGAGAGAUCUCUCACUGUAUUCUAUUCUACUCCUACUCCGAUGUCCAACGCAUCAAGAGGAUUAUCAGCAUGGACAGAGAAGGUGACAGACACACCAAGGCGACUCAUUACAACAACCUACACAGCAUGGUGCACUUCUGUGAGAACAUGAUGGAGUGUAGAAGAAUUCAGCUCCUUGCAUACUUUGGCGAGCUCAAGUUCAACAAAGGCUUCUGCAAAGACCACCCUGACGUCAGCUGCGACAACUGCGCCAAACCCAACCAAUACAAGAUGAGAAAUGUUACAGAAGAUGUGAAGAGGAUUGUGAGGUUUGUCCAGGAGAACUGCGAGAAAGUUGGAGCUAGGUUUGGCAAGACUGCCCAGCAAAACCGGCUGACACUAAACAUGCUCGUGGAUAUCUUCCUAGGGACAAAAUCUGCCAAGAUACAGACAGGAAUGUUCGGGAUGGGAGGAGCGUACUCCAGGCAUAACGCUGACCGUCUCUUCAAAAAACUGGUUCUGGAUAACAUUCUGGUUGAGGACCUCUACAUCACGGUCAACGGCCAAGCUGUGUCUUAUAUCUCUGCUGGACCAAAAAGCAUGAAUGUGCUGUCUGGAAACAUGCAGGUGGACUUCUAUGAGACGGAGAGUGCGUCUAGCAUCAGGAAACAUAAAGCUGCUGUUGCCAAGAAUGUCUCUGAGAGAGAAGAGAUGGUUCAGCAGUGUCUGAAGGAGCUGACAGAUUUGUGCAAGCAGCUGGGGAAAGCGUUUGGCAUUCACUAUUACAACAUCUUCUCCACUGCCACAUUGAAAAAGAUAGCCGAGAAACUUUCUUCUGAACCUGAAGUCCUCCUACAAAUUGAUGGUGUGACAGAGGACAAACUGGAGAAGUAUGGAGCUGAAGUCAUUCAGGUCCUACAGAAAUACUCUGAGUGGCAGCUACCUGAGGAGCAGGCUGAGAGUGGUGGAGACGGGUGGAUAGACACAACACGAGGCCGCGCACAUAUCGAUUACGAUGACGAGGAUGACACAGAGUCCUCCACCUACUUCCGUAAUCAGGCCGCACAGGGACAGAAGAGGAAGAAAGGUCCAUUCUUCAAGUAUUCCAAGAAGAGAAAAGGAUAUGGCAACCAAAGCUCUAAUUCUAAAGGUCGUGGCUACAACAGCAAUAAAUCGUGGUCAUCGUCUGGCUCCAGAGGUGGAUCAAAAGCUGCAGGUCGGGGGUCCAGGAGCUCAGCAGGAGAUGCAUCGGCAGGCAGGAGACCAGGCUUCUUGGCUGCCCCAACCCCACGAACCAACCAGCGGCCCUUUUUAAAGCCGGCCUUUUCGCACUUGAGCUAGGGCAGUCUUCUGGGAAACUACUUAUUCACUACAUUUUCAAACCAGCUGGUGUUGGUAAUUGUAAACUGAAACUGUUUAAAUUGUUUAAUAUAUGUUCUGUACAGCUGCUGUCAAAUUGUCUGUCCAGAUUUUAUAUUGAUGUAAAUUGUUGUAAAUUGUAUUUGAGCGCAGACCGGAGAAGAUUUCGCUGUCGUCUUCAUUUUCUUAUAUUAAAGACGCAUUGAAAAUGUA